AUGGCACGUAAUUCCGAAAUUUUGGCUGCAGCAUUAUUAGUAAUGCUGUUUGCGGACAUUGCCUUCGGAGCUAGGCUCGGGAAGAGUGUUAAGGCCGGAGGCGGCGGCGGCGGUGGUGAAGGAGGAGGAGGAGGUGGGGGAGGAGGGUCGGCGCUUGGUUCGGGUUCGGGGUAUGGGUCGGGAUAUGGCUCCGGGAGUGGCUCGGGAUACGGUGGCUAUGAUGACGAGGGUGAAUAUUAUGGGAAUGCUGGCGGAGGUGGCGGCGGAAGUGGUGGAGGCGGCGGAGGUGGUAGUGGAGGUGGUGCUAGUGGUUCCGGGUCGGGAUACGGGUCAGUGGAGGCGGAAAGAAUGGCGGCGGAGGAGGCGGAGGCGGCGGUGGAGGCGGUGGCGGAGGUGCUUCCGGCGGCGGUUCCGGGUAUGGAAGUGGGUCCGGAUCCGGGUCGGGGAACGGGCAUGGUCGUGGAGGUUGAAAAUGGGUAA